AUGUUUGUUUCCAAUGACAAAAAUAGCGCUAAGAAAAAGUUUCAGAAGCCUAAUAUUCUUCGAAGAAAAGUAAAAGUUGCUGUGCAAAGACCUAAAGUAACGGUUGAAUCUUAUGAAUCUCCUGAUAUUCACUCUCUUGUCACCACUGCUUUUGAAAAUGAAUCAAUAAAUGUAAAUGAUACACAGCAUAGACUGACAAAACAAGUAGUCUUUAAACAAAGAAUAGACACGCCAAAUCAAAUAAUUAACAAGCCACCACAAAAACUAAUAUCAAGUGCUAAGAUUUCUGAAGAGAAUGUUUUACACAGCUCCAAGGGGAUAGCCAAAAAAGCAAAUGGAAAUGAUAUAACAUUUGCGGUAAUCACACCAAAAACUAAGGAUAAUCCAGACAACUACAUCCAGAAUGGUGUUAAUGUGGAGUCUUUCUUAGUUGGAAGCUCAGUUACUCAGCCCUCCCUUACGUUUGAUGGUUCUGAACUACAGUUGGAAUCUGUUGAUAAAUAUGAAAGUACAAAAUGGUGCUUAGACAUAAUGCAAGACAAAGUAAUCAAGGAACACUAUAAUGGAUCUCAAGAUGGUAACAUGUUUUUGGAACAGAAAUUGGAUGUGGUAACAACUAUGGUUCCAUUGUCACUUGUUUCCUCUAUCCAGAAGAAAAAUGUGAUAGUUCAAGGUGAAGUGGUGCCCAACAGCACCAGUGCACAAAAUAAAGCAUUUGAUGAUCUCUCUGAUAAUCCAGCAAAAUUUAAGUGUGACAUAGCAAAUUGUAAUAAGGAGUUCACAAAUAAGCAAAAGUUAAAAAAACACCAAACUAGUCAUAAUAAAGAAGGGGGUAGCAGACCACCCCGGCAAACUACAGUGGAAUGUCCAAUCAAAGCUCUCCAUUCUGAUGUUGAGGAACCAUGCGGAAGAAUAUUUAUAUCAAGAGAAGACCUGUUGAAGCAUUUAAAUGAAGAGCACACUUUGGAUCAGGCCAAUUAUAUAUGCGGGGAGUGCGGGCGGCGCUUCUUCUGGGCGUCGGGGCUGCGCGCGCACGGGCGGGCGCACGGGCGGGCGCGGGUGCGCGGCGCGCUCGCGUGCGCUUGGCCCGGCUGCGGCCGCGUCUUCCGGCAGCCGUGCCGCCUGCGCGAGCACACGCGCGCCCACACCGGCGACAAGCCCUACCCCUGCAAGUACCCGAACUGCGGCUGGUCGUUCCGCACGGCGAGCAAGCUGGUGCGGCACGCGCGCCGGCACACGGGCGAGCGGCGGCACGCGUGCGGCGCGUGCGGGCGCGCCUUCCUGCGCCGCGAGCACCUGCGCGAGCACCACGCGCGCCAGCACGCGCCGCGCGCCCGCCCGCCGCACGCCUGCGCGCACCCAGGUUGUCAACAGAGUUUCAACAAUAUGAGUUCCUUGUACAUGCACAUGAAGAAGGUACACAACAAAGAAAAAACUGAGAUUUUGAACACCACUUUAGUGGAGCCAAAUGUCAACAACACAUUCACAGUAAGUUUGUUACACGAGGCGCCUGUGCAGUACGGUGCCAGUAUGGACGGCGAGGUGGGAGUGGUGAUGGCAGUGGAGGGCGAGGCGGUGGACGGAGUGCACGCGGGAGCGGAGGCGGAAGCGGAAGCGGAGGCAGGGACGAAGGCGGAGGCGGUGGCGGAAGACGAGUUGGGGGAGCAGCACGCGGCCAGAACGCACUGCACUUGGCCACUGCCGAGGGACCAAAGCGGCUACAGCCAAUGCGCGGGCGGCUACGUCUUGGAGGACACGCAGGUCGAGCAAUCGGAGAGUUCGGAGAACAACAUAUACACGAUCCGCAGUGAUUUGUUCCUGCAUGGAAACGUUCUCACAAACGAAGACAGCGAAAGUAUGGUGGGAGGGGCGGCUUCCGGAGUGGGCGGGGGUACAGGCGCCCUGACGGACGACCUCGGCCUAAUGGACGCCCACCCUACUAUAGAUCUCAUGCAGGAGGAGUUGAUGUAUACGGACGCUGUAGACGAGUCUUCAUUCCGCGUGUUCCUGCUGAGCGGCGAGGAGCUCACC